AUGUUCAUGGUGGCAGGCGAGAAUUCCACGGAGGAGUUAAAAAGACAACAUCAAGCCUCGAAAACUGCGUCGGUGAAAUCGAGAAUGGAAAGUGUUGAUUCCACUCUACCCUCGGAUCUGCUGCGGCCAGUUAACCAAUCGAGAGACAAGGGUGCGAGCUCAUGGCUUACCGCAGUGCCUCUUGUCGAUCAAGGCUUAGUGCUGAAUAAACAGGAAUUCAGAGACUGUCUGCGUUUAGGGUAUAAUAUACCCGUCUCCGACUUACCAAGCAAGCGUGUUUGUGGUGAGAAGUAUACCGUCUGCGAUGCCCUGUCAUGCAAAAAGGGAGGUUUCGUGGCGCAGAGGCACUAUGGUGUUCGCAACCUACUUACCUCACUUAUUAGUAAGGUUUGCACCAAUGUUGAAGUCGAACAACAACUACAACCUCUCGAUAAUGAGCGAUUCAACCUCAGAACCGCGGUAACAAGCCCGGAGGCAAGACUGGACUUUAAAUUGGGGGGUUUUGGUAUAGUGGAGUUACAGCAUUUUUUGAUGUCAGAGUAA